CAAGGCAGCUGACUUCUAAUAAGAAAGAAAGAGAUAAUCAGAAAGAAUAUUUAUCUUGAAGUCUUUAUUGUUCAGGCAUUAGGAUAAAAUGGUGCUCACCAUUUUUCUGAGCACCUUUUUGCUUCAUUUUACUGUUCCUGUGGCUUCAGAACCGCAAUAUAUCCUAUGGGUCUCCUCGGUGAUGCAAAGUCAUUCUACAGAAAAGGCUUGUCUCCACCUUUUAAACCUUAAUGAAUCUGUAUCCUUAAGUGUUGUCUUAGAAUAUGAUGGAUUCAAUACCACUAUUUUUGACCAGUCUGUGGAAAAGGAUAACUUCUAUGCUUGUGCAGAUUUCAAGGUUUCUCAGAAGUCCUCUGAACAGUUGGCUUUUGUGACAUUGUUGGCUAAGGGACCUACUCUUAAAAUCUUUGAGAGAAGAUCUGUGGCACUCACUUCAGAAGAGACUGUCACCUUUGUGCAGACAGACAAACCUAUCUACAAACCUGGAGAGAAUGUUCAAGUUCGCAUUGUGACACUGGACACCAAGUUCAAACCUGUUGAAGAUUUGUAUCCUUUGAUCACACUUCAGGAUCCUCAAAACAAUAGAGUAUUUCAAUGGCAAAAUGUGACUUCGUUUCAAAAUAUUACCCAACUCUCAUUCCAAUUGAUUGCAGAACCGUCACUUGGAGAUUACUUUAUUGCUGUGCAAAGAACAUCAGGAAAGACAAUGACUCACCAAUUUACUGUUAAUAGAGAUGUGUUGCCCAAGUUUGAAGUUAAGGUCAAUGCACCCCAAACGAUAACUAUUUCAGAUGAGGAAUUCCAAGUGGAUGCAUGCGCUAAGUACACCUUUGGCCAACCUGUGCAAGGGAAAGCCCAAAUCCGGGUGUGCAGAGAAUUUUUUUCCUCUAGGAAUUGUGAGAAAGACAACAAUGAAAUAUGCGAACAAUUUAUUGCACAGUUGAGAAAUGGUUGUGUGUCUCAAAUUGUCAAUACGAAAGUCUUCCAACUCUACCGUUCUGGAUUUCUCAUGUCAUUUCAGAUCAGCGUAACUGUUACAGAAAUUGGGACAGGUGUCCAGAUCAGUGAAAAGUCUUCUAUUUUUAUCACUCAAUUGCUUGGCAGCGUGAACUUUGAGAACAUGGAUCCUUACUAUAGAAGAGGAAUUUCUUAUUUUGGAACUCUUAAAUUUUCUGGUCCUAAUAAUGUACCAAUGGUGAACAAGUUACUGCAGUUGGAGCUCAGUGGCAAAUUUAUAGGAAAUUACACCACAGAUGAGAAUGGUGAAGCUCAGUUUUCCAUUGACACUUCAGAUAUAUUCGAUCCGGAGUUCAACUUGAAAGCCACAUAUAUUCGACCUCAGAGCUGCCACCUGUCCAGCUGGUUGACACCUGACUAUGUGGAUGCCCAUUUUUCAGUCUCACGCUUUUACUCCCUAACCAACAGCUUCCUGAAGAUUGUUCCUGAAGCAAAACAGCUUAGAUGCAAUCAACAGAAGAUGGUUACUGUGCAUUACUCCCUAAACAGUGAAGCAUAUAGGGAUGAGUCAAACAUAAACUUAUUUUAUCUGGUGAUGGCAAAAGGAACUAUCUUCCUCAGUGGACGAAAGGAAAUCAGAAACAAAGCCUGGAACGGAAACUUCUCAUUCCCGAUCCGCACCAGUGCCGAUCUGGCUCCUGUGGCUGUCAUGCUUGUCUACACCUUUCACCCCAGCGGGGAAAUUGUGGCUGACAGUGUCAGAUUCCAGAUGGACAAGUGCUUUAAAAAUAAGGUUAGCAUAAAGUUCUCUAAGGAGCAGGGGCUACCUGGUUCCAAUACUAGUCUCUACCUCCAAGCAGCCCCAGACUCGUUUUGUGCCCUGCGGGCUGUGGAUAAAAGUGUUCUUCUACUGAAACCGGAGAAAGAGCUGUCAGCUGAAAGUAUAUACAACCUGCUUCCAAAUUCAGAACUACGUGGUUAUGUCUAUCAUGAUCUCAACCUUGAUGAUGGCAAGAUAGACCCUUGCAUUCCUCAGAAGGAUAUGUUCCUCAAUGGUUUGUAUUAUGUGCCUGUAAGCAACUAUGGGGAUGGAGACACCUAUGACAUUGUCAGGGAUAUGGGUCUGAAAGUCUUUACUAAUCUCCAUUACCGGAAACCGGAAGUAUGUCCAACACCGGGAAGGAUGCCAUUCCCUCGGCCAUUGUAUCUAGCCUCAGAAGACUAUGCGCCUAUGUACAGUGGUGCAUCUAGAAUUGCGGCUGGUGAAGUCCUGAAGCAAGAUUUUAACUAUGCAGAACAGGCUAUAAUGGAAACAGUAAGAACAAACUUUCCAGAGACAUGGAUAUGGGACCUAGUCAGAGUCAAUUCCUCAGGUUCAGCCACUCUGUCAUACCGCAUCCCUGAUACUUUAACCCAAUGGGAGGCAAACGGCUUCUGUGUGAAUGGUGAUGUGGGAUUUGGCAUUUCGUCCACAAUUCCUCUGCAAGUCUCCCAGUCUUUCUUUGUUGACAUGACCCUCCCCUUUUCAGUUGUCCGAAAUGAACAAUCUGAUUUGAUUGUCAGUGUCUACAGCUACCAAAAUACAUGUGGAGAGGUUUCUGUUCAGCUGGAAGCAUCUGAGAAUUUUGAGGCAAAUAUCAGCACUGCUCAAAAUGAUGGCAGUGAGAUUAUCCAAGCUGGAGAGAAGAAAACAUACAUCUGGACUCUUAUCCCGAAGAAACUGGGUAAAGUGAAUAUCACUGUAGUUGCCGAGUCCAAACAAAGCAAUGCUUGCCCAGGCAUAGCAGCUGAGCAGCACAAUCGAAACUGGAAAGAUACCGUGGUCAAAAGUUUGUUGGUCGAGCCUGAAGGUGUUGAAAAAGAAGUGACUCAGAGUUUCCUUAUCUGCACAAAAGGUACCAAAGCCUCCAAGCAAGUAGCUUUGGAUUUGCCAGACAAUGUAGUAAAUGGAUCAGCCAGGGCCUUCUUCACUGUUGUGGGGGAUAUUCUAGGACUUGCAAUGCAGAAUCUGGAGAAUCUUCUCCAAAUGCCCUAUGGAUGUGGAGAGCAAAAUAUUGCCCUACUAGCAUCAGAUACCUAUGUCCUUGACUAUCUGCAAUCUACUCAACAACUGACAGAGGAAAUUAAAUCUAAGGCUUUCUCUUUCUUAUCGAAUGGUUAUCAAAAGCAGUUGUCUUUCAAAAACUCUGAUGGUUCAUAUAGUGUGUUUUGGCAGAGGAAUCAGAAAGGAAGCCUAUGGCUCAGUGCUCUUACUUUUAAGACAUUUGAGGGAAUGAAGAAAUAUGUUUUCAUUGAUGAACAAGUUCAAAAGCAGACUUUGAUCUGGCUUUCAAGCAAACAGAAAAUAAAUGGCUGCUUUAAAAGUGAUGGCAAGCUGUUCAACAAUGCCUGGGAGGGUGGAAAUGAAGAGGACAUUUUAUUCACUGCAUAUAUUGUUGGAGCAUUCCUUGCAACUGGCCGCAAUUCCACUUUUCCUGCUGUACGAAAUGGGCUCUUUUGCCUAGAGGAGGCGCUGGAAAAUGGUGUCACUAAUGGCUAUAAUCAUGCAAUUCUAGCUUAUGCUUUUGCAUUAGCUGGAAAAGAGGAGCAAGUAGAGUCCUUACUCCAGAUCCUGGAUCAAUCUGCUACAAAAAGAAAUAAUGUGAUAUAUUGGGAAAGAGCAAAGAAACCCAAUACUGAAACAUCCCCAUCCUUUAGUCCCCGGGCACCUUCUGCAGAAACUGAGAAGACGUGCUAUGUGCUGUUGGCUGUCAUUUCCAAGAAAACUCCUGACCUCACCUAUGCUAGUAAGAUUGUGCAGUGGCUUGCCCAACAGAUGAAUUCCCACGGGGGCUUCUCUUCCACUCAGGACACUGCAGUUUGUCUUCUUGCCAUAACCCACUACAUGAAGUUAACCUUCUCUAAUGAUCAAAACACUGUCACCUUUAGCAGUGAAGAAUCCAGUGAGAUUUUCCAGGUUAACAGUUACAAUCGCUUAUUGGUCCAACGUUCAGAAUUGACAAAAGCACAUGGACAAUACACAGUAAAUGUGGAAGGACAAGGCUGUGCCUUCAUCCAGGCUACCCUAAGAUACAAUGUGAUACUACCUAAGAAGGCAUCUGGAUUUUCCCUCUCCUUGGAAAUGGUAAAGAAAAACUCCUCAGAUACAUUCCAGAGUAAUUUUGACCUGACAAUAACCCUCAAAUAUACUGGAAUUCGCAAUAACUCAAAUAUGGUCCUUGUUGAUGUAAAAAUGCUAUCAGGAUUUAUUCCAGUCAUGGCAUCCAUUGAGAAGCUUGAAAACAAUGGCCAAGUGAUGAAGACGGAAGUCAGGAGUGGCCAUGUUGUUUUCUACCUGGAAAAUGUUUUUGGCACAGCAAACAGAUUCACUUUCUCUGUUGAACAAACCAACCUUGUGUCCAACAUUCAGCCAGCCCCAGUCAUGGUCUAUGAUUAUUAUGAAAAAGAUGAAUAUGCCCUUGUUUCUUACAACAUUAACAGUGUUCCAGUUUCCCAGUAAAAGGAAGCAAAGCACUGGAAAAGGUGGAAAGCUAUUUACUUUGAACAAACUCAUUCAUAUGUAUCACACCCGGAAAAAAACUAUGAACCACCACAAAUCCUGAAUAGUCUGCAAUCAGCUAUGACUUCUUAUCAGAUUUUAUUUCUUUAGUAUCCUAUUAAAUGCUAUGAUUUUGAAUCUGA